AUGGCAAAAUCAAUGCAAGAUAACAAAGCAAUCCGCAUGCUUCAAGCAGCAGAGGAUGGCGGAUAUGGUGUUGUAGGAGUAGUUUCCUACAAUCUCGAAACUAUAACCGCCGUCGUCAGAGCCGCAGAACGCAAACGUUCCCCCGCACAAAUCCUCCUCUUUCCCUGGUCCCUCCACUACUCACCCCUCUUAAUCCACCUCGCAGCCGCCGCCUGUCGCACCGCCACCGUCCCCAUAGUUCUACACAUGGACCAUGCACAAUCUGAAGAUGAAAUUCUUGCCGCUGCAGAUAUGGGACUCUUCGAUAGUAUAAUGGUCGACAUGUCGCAUUAUGACAAAGAAGAGAAUCUAGCCAAAACAACUAAAUUGACAAAGAUAUUACGAGAGAAAGGCAUAGCGGUUGAGGCGGAAUGUGGUAGGAUUAAUGGGGGCGAGGACGGUGUGAAGGAUACGGGGGAUUUAGAGGGCUUGUUGACAACUCCUGAAGAGGCGCUCGGGUUUGUAGACACGGGAGUAGAUUUCUUGGCGCCGGCUUUUGGAAAUGUGCACGGGAAUUAUGGCGGAGUGGAAAACAUUAAGCUGGAUUUUGAUAGACUCGAGAGUAUAAGAAAAGCGACAAAUGGUCGAGUAAGGCUAGUUCUUCACGGCACGAAUACAUUCCCAGACGAUACGAUGAGAGGCUGUAUCAAGGGGGGUAUGACAAGGUGCAAUCUAAACGAUUUGGUUUUGAAUACGUAUAAUAAAUAUGUAGCAGAAAAUACAGGGAAAGUUCCUUUGACGGAACUUAUGGAGAAGGGAACCAGUUUGAUCCAGGAAUUGAUUGAACACCAAAUGGAUAUAAUUGGAUCGACUGGAAAAGCAUGA